AUGAAACUAGAAUCUUCAUCUUUUGCUUGGUUUUCUUUUUUUCUUCUACUUCCAUUUCUAUUCUUUUUAGCUGGACGUCGAGUUUACUCCACGAAAGACAGCAAUGAUCCUUUGAAUGCGGAAAUUGAUGACGAUAUCUAUAUCGAUACAAAGGAACUGUGUAAGAGAAUAGCUUAUGAGCUGAAACAACAUUCCAUACCACAAGCCAUAUUCGCCGAACGUAUACUGUGCAGGAGCCAAGGAACGUUAUCGGAUUUACUUCGUAACCCGAAACCUUGGAAUAAAUUGAAAUCAGGCCGCGAAACGUUCCGGAGAAUGUUUAACUGGGUUCAACAACCUCUUGCCAUGCGAUUAGGAAUUCUCGAUAUGUAUAAGCAAGGUAGUCUUUUUGUCUAA